ACAAUAUUUGUUUAUACAAAUGGCGAUCGCUCCAGUUGCUUUCCUCGAUUGAUAAUAUUUUUAAAAAUAAUAAAAAAAUAAAUUUGAGUAAAAUGAAUAAUGAAGAUAACAAAUGGGAUACGGAAAAAUCAGCUAAUAAAUUAACCGAAGAAAUUCAAUGUAUGACUAAUUAUAAAAAUCUCUACAACGAAGUUCAGCAUCUUGUUGCUUCAUCGGCUGUUAAAAAAGACAAUUUCAAGACAACACUUAUUGAUGCAUUAAAAAAUAAUGGUCUUGAAACUGAAAUAAGAAAUACUGUUUUUCAUUGGGCACGAUCACAACCAAAAGAUGAAUUAAAAUCACCAGAUGCAGCUGAUUUAAAUUAUCUUCGAAAAGCACAAAUACAAUGGGAAAGAAGAAUUCAAAAAUCAUUAAAUUCCAUGUGUAAUGAAUUAAAUGUUCCACUUGCCAGAAUACGACCAAGCUCAGAUAAAGAUGAACUUGCUGAAAAAUGGAAUGAAUUGAGUACCUAUGAUGUUGAUUUAUCUCAGUACCGUCCUCUCUAUGCACCAAAAGAUUUUCUCGAAGUUUUAUUCUCUAUCAGAGAUCCAUUAUUUAAAAAACAACAAAAUCAGCCAAAUUGGGAAUUUAGUCAUAUUCAAAUUCGUGUCAAGACACUUGAACAAUUGAGAAUGACGUACAGUGAGUUGGCACAAGGUGCACCAUUACUUGGGGUUGAUAAUGAAAUGCCAGCUGUUGGAAAUUAUAAAAGCCUAGAAAUAGAACGUACAGAACUUGGUGAAAAAGUAUUAAAUUCAAAUCAUUCACCAAUUGCACAAGAAUUUUUAAAACGUGGAUCACCACGAGCACUCAGAGGUCAACUUUGGUCGCUUGUUCUUGGAUCAGUUGUCAAGGAAAUUGAUGCUGAUUACUAUGAAGAGCUAAAAUCUAUGGUACUUCAGUAUGACAUAAUGGUAGACAAGCUAAUAAUAAAAGACGUUCAAUUAACAGCAAGUAAUGAUGAUCAAUAUUUUGUAUUUGAAGAUGUAUUAUACAAAACAAUGAUUUGUUUUUCACGUGAUUCAGAAAUUUUAAGACCAGUUACAAGUGAUAAAAGUGCUGGUGGACAAGUUAUACAUGCUGUAUUACAAGGUAAACCAGCAGCACUUGAAAAUACACUUGUAUUUCCACCAAGUGGUGUUAUUCCAUUUCAUGGUUUUACAAUGUAUGCAACACCAUUUUGUUAUUUAUAUGAUGAUCCUUGUGCAAUGUAUUAUUCAUUUAGAGCAUUUUAUUUACGUUAUUGGUUUCGUCUUCAUACUGUAUCAAGUCAUGAACAAGGUAUUGUUGCUCUAUGUUUAUUAUUUGAAAGAUUACUACAGUGUCAUGAACCACAACUUUGGACUCAUUUUCGUAAUUUACAAAUACAACCAGUUAGAGUUGUUUUUAAAUGGCUCAUGAGAGGUUUCAGUGGUCAUUUACCACCAGAACAACUUUUAUAUCUUUGGGAUUUAAUUCUUGGCUAUGAUUCUCUUGAAAUUGUUUCACUUCUUGCUGUGACAAUACUAAGUUUUCGUAAAGAUAAUCUUUUGCAAGUUAAUAAUCUCCAAAAUAUCGAAGCUGUACUUGCUGAUUUAUCAUCAUUAAAAAUUAUGCCAUUACUUCAGCUUGUACUUUUAAAAGAAUAAUAAAAUAAAAAUAUAUAAUUAAUGCAAAAAAAAAAAAAA